AUGCUUCCUCACCUUAAGUCUCUGUCCUUAGCCUUUCUUUCUCUGGCUACAGGUGUCAGCUCCCAGCCUCAAGUCCACGAAGCUUUGUCAGCUCUCUCCGUCCGCAACGCUGAUAACAUCCGAAGCCACUUGCACCUCCCUUCAACUUCAAACGGCCACUCCGUCACUUGGCGAAGUAGUGAUCCAAACAUCAUCAAUGGAGAUGGUAUAGUUAAGCGCCAGGCCAGUGACACUGACGUUCUACUUGUCGCCUCCAUUGAAUUGGACGGUGAGAUCCACGAGCGUGAAUUCAACGCCUCUGUUCGUCAGGCACCUACGCUUGAGCCUUUCGAAGCAUAUGCCUUUUCCUACUUCACAGGAAACUCUCUUGAGGGCGAAAAGAUCUACUUUGCUGCUAGCAAAGGCAACAAUGCUCUGGAUUGGCAGGAACUCAACGGUGGAAAGCCUGUUUUGAGUUCAACAAAGGGCACUAAGGGCUUGCGAGACCCCUUCAUCAUUCGCUCUGUGGAGGGCGAUACAUUCUUCCUCAUCGCUACCGACCUUUCCAUUGGCAGCGGUACAUCUUGGGGCGACGCUGUCCGAAAGGGAAGUCUCUACCUUGAGAUCUGGGAGUCAAACGACCUUAUCAACUGGUCUGAACAGCGACAUGUCAAGGUAUCCCCUGACAAUGCCGGAAACACUUGGGCUCCUGAAGCCUUCUGGGACGACGCGAAGAACUCUUAUGUCGUGUUCUGGGCAUCAUCUCUGUACAACACGGCUGACCACUCAGACAACUCUUACCAUCGCAUGAUGUAUUCUCUCACUCGCGACUUUGUCACCUUCUCUGAGCCUGAGAUCUGGCAGGACAGUAAGACUUCGCGCAUUGACACUACAGUCCUCAAGUCAGGCAGUUCAUUCUACCGUUUUACGAAAGACGAAGGAUCUGUCAGCGGAUGUACUGAUAUUAUCCAAGAAAAGUCAUCGACUCUACUCGCCGACGUCGAUGGAUGGACGGUUCAAGCGACAUGCAUAGGCAAGAACGCUGGAUUGCAAGCUGUUGAGGGACCUACAGCUUUCAAAUCUAAUGCUGACGAUACACACGGCGAGAAGUUCUAUCUGUUUGUGGAUGAGUAUGGUGGUCGUGGUUAUGUGCCUCUUGAGACGGCGGAUUUGGAUAAGCCUUCCUGGAAGGUUUCGGCCAACUAUAAGCUUCCUACUAGCCCACGACAUGGAACUGUCAUUCCGAUUACCAAGGCAGAGCACCAGAAGCUUAUGAGUGCUUAUGGUACAUAG